GCCGUGUUUCUUUAUCUUUAUAAAAGAGUGGGGACAUGACUUCCGGGCACCGUUACCGAACACCAACACUUUCCUCUUCCCACCAUAACCGUUACCGUCAACCUCGCCGUUUACCCUACUCAGAUCCAUCAUCUCAACCAGGCUCCUAAUUACUUCACUCCAUGCAUCCUCCUUCCGAUUCACGCGAGAAACAAUGAGAGCUUUAUAGAAUCACAUGCUCAGGUUAUGGUUAAUACUUUAUCGUUCCAUGCGAUAUGAUUGAGAUUUGAUAUGAAGAAUGUUUUUCACCGAACUGUUUUGAUUCUAAUGAGGGAGUUAUCGUGGCGAAUUUUCGGGCACAGGAUUGAUCGGAGAAAAUUGCUUAUUCUCGCGGCUGUUUUUACCGUAACUGGAUUUCUGUUUCAGUUUUUUGUACAUGAUUAUGUAACCGAUUCGUCGCCCUCCAAUAGCACUGUACAGUCGAAUGAGUUUGUUAAAGGGGAGAUAGUUCAACAGGUUCACCUCACUCUUUCUCAGUCCGUUGUUUCGCCUAAUUCGUUGAACAAGUCUGUUCAAUCAGUAUCAGUUGAGCAUGACAGUGUUGUAGAUAUUCAAUCACAAAGAAAGAAGAAUAUAAAUCUUAGUAGUACGACAGUUACCGCGUCGUCGCCUCGUGGACAUGUUCCUUUGGGUAAGCAGAAGGACAUUAGGUUGCUGUCACCUACUGAGGCCCUUGUGUAUGCAAAGAAAGAGAUUGAACAUGCUCCUUUAGUGAAUGAAGAUCCUAAUCUUUAUGCUCCUUUAUUUACCAAUAUUUCUGUUUUCAAAAGGAGCUAUGAAUUGAUGGAAACAAUACUUAAAGUUUAUAUAUAUCGUGAUGGGGCAAGGCCUGUUUUUCACAACCCUCACCUUAAGGGAAUCUAUGCUUCAGAAGGAUGGUUUAUGAAGUUAAUGGAGGGAAACAAUCAAUUUGUUACCAAGGAUCCUGAGAGGGCGCACUUAUUUUAUCUCCCUUACAGUGUACACCAAAUGGCGCGGGCACUCUAUGUGCCCGAGUCACAUAAUAUGAAACCAUUAUCACUCUUUCUUAGGGAUUAUGUAAACAAGAUUGCUGCAAAAUACCCCUUUUGGAAUCGCACACAUGGGUCAGACCAUUUCCUUGUUGCUUGCCAUGAUUGGGGUCCUUACACUGUGGCUGAACAUGGAGAACUAGCCGGAAACACCAUAAAAGCUCUAUGUAAUGCUGAUGUGUCUGAAAAAAUCUUCAUUGCAGGAAGAGAUGUUUCCCUUCCAGAAACUACCAUUCGAGCACCAAGAAGACCUCAGAGAUAUCUUGGUGGGAAUAGAGUGUCAUUACGUCCAAUCCUUGCCUUCUUUGCGGGAGGCAUGCACGGUAGAGUGCGUCCCACUCUUCUUAAGUACUGGGGUGGUGAAAAAGAUGAAGACAUGAAAAUCUACAAGCAUCUACCUUUGAGAAUCUCCAAAAAGAUGACUUAUAUUCAACACAUGAAAUCAAGUAAAUAUUGUUUGUGUCCAAUGGGCUUCGAAGUUAAUAGCCCUAGGAUAGUUGAAGCCAUAUAUUACGAAUGUGUUCCUGUGAUCAUUGCAGAUAAUUUUGUUCUUCCACUUAGUGAAUUUCUCGACUGGAGUGCUUUUUCUGUGGUAGUGGCUGAGAAGGAUAUUCCGAGGCUAAAGGAAAUUUUGAUGUCCAUCCCUAUGAAAAAAUACCUUGCAAUGCAAACUAACGUGAAGAUGGUACAGAAGCAUUUUCUUUGGAACCCAAAACCAAUGAAAUAUGAUCUGUUUCACAUGAUUUUACAUUCAAUAUGGUUCAACAGGCUAAACCAGAUUUGAACCCUGCAAAUAUAGAUGGGUAGCAUGCAAGACUCUAGCAGCCUUUUAUUGCUUAGUGGCUGGACUCAUACAUUAAAAAUUUGUUUGAUUAGAAAUAUGGUUAAUAUUUUUGAAUGCUCUUUUAUUUUAGUUCUUUUUCAAACCAUUAAAUCCUUGAACUCUGUAUUGUCUCUUUCAUACAACUACAAACAAUAGAAGGAAAUAUCUUGCUGAGUUCAUAGUUAUUGUAUCUGUGUAAAAAAUUCGAUGCAUGAAUGAGUAAAAAACUUAGUUGCUUUCAAUCAAUUUCACUACUAAUUUC